UCAAAGAACAAAUGGACCAUUAGAAAAAAGAGAGAAUUGCCAAAGCCCCCAAAUUAGGGGGUUUGACUCCAUCCCAAAUCUCUCAUCAGCCUCUUUGUCCUCCAUUUCCGGGCCUCCUCCUCAUCUUCCCUCCUCCCUCAGUGCCAUCUCUCUUCACCCCGUCCACCACCUUCAAGAUCCUACUGGGUGGAUAAAAUAGUAAACUCUCUCUCUCUCUCUUUUCUCUCUCUGCCAUCCAGAGGGGGAAGCUUUGCAAUACCCUUCCCCUUAUCUCUCUUCUGUAGCUCUUCCACAACAUCAUAGGAAAGGAAAAUCACCCAUGACAUGCAUAAACAGAGCCAUAUCUCUGUCCUGUCAUUCUCUGAAGACCAACUUUUCUAACAGCAAAAAGAAACUCAAUGUCUUCUGCUGUUGAAUGCAGAUGCAAGCUCUGCUCCAGGAAUACCUGAAGGGGACGAGUCGGACAAUCUCUCCCUGUCUGUGAUUCCCAGAUUAAGCUGAUACCUAUUUCCACACAUCAAACCGAUAAUCCGAUCGUUUCAAAUCCCUAGUGAGAGAGAGGAUUGUUGCAAACCAGGAGGCCCCAUUUUCUUUCUUCGAAGGAGUCCUUUCUCCCAGAUCGACCCAUUUCAUCUCCCAUAGUUAAGCUGCUUAUCUAAAUCCUUCGUAGGCACCAGACUGGUUUGUUCACCAACUUGAAGAAAAGGAGGUAGGAGAGAUGUCGCUAAAACCAUCCCCUCACCAUUUAGACGUAGAAAGCGGCAAUGGCAUACCGUCCACACCGGGCAAAUUCAAGCUAGAAAAGUCUACACCCUUCUUCUUUCAUCGCAACCCUCGAUUCUAUUCUUCCUUCUACAAGCUAGCAUUUUGGUCGGCGGUUUUCAUUGGCACGAUCCUCUUCUUCUUCCUCCGAUCCUCCCCGUCUCCUGCUUCUUCUCAUUCCUUCGCUAUUCACGCCUCCUAUGGAGGACCAUCUUGGGCGAAGCUCGUCCGAUCCUCCGCCAGCUCCAGGCGCCCCAAUGCUAUCACCGUGCUUGUCACUGGCGCUGCCGGAUUCGUCGGAUCGCAUGUCUCCACGGCGCUGAAACGCCGAGGAGAUGGUGUGCUUGGCCUCGACAACUUCAACGACUACUAUGACCCCUCGCUGAAGCGCGCCCGUCAAUCCAACCUGCAGAAAUCGGUAGGCCUCUACAUUGUCGAGGGCGACAUCAACGAUUCUGGCCUUCUGGCUAAGCUCUUCGACGUCGUCCCUUUCACGCACGUCCUCCAUCUUGCCGCCCAGGCGGGCGUGAGGUAUGCACUUCAGAAUCCUAGUUCUUAUGUUCAGAGCAAUGUCGCUGGGCUAGUGAAUCUGUUUGAGGCAUGUCGGGCAGCGAAUCCACAGCCUGCCAUUGUAUGGGCUUCGUCCAGUUCCGUCUAUGGGUUGAACACUAAGGUGCCAUUCUCGGAAUCUGAUCGGACGGAUCAGCCGGCGAGCCUCUACGCUGCCACCAAGAAGGCUGGAGAGGAGAUCGCCCACACUUACAAUCAUAUUCAUGGUCUUUCUAUUACUGGGCUGAGGUUUUUCACCGUUUAUGGUCCUUGGGGCAGGCCUGAUAUGGCCUAUUUCUUCUUCACAAGAGAUAUUUUGAAGGGAAAAAGCAUACCGAUCUUUGAAAGCGCAGAUCAUGGCACGGUUGCGAGAGACUUUACUUAUAUUGAUGACAUUGUUAAAGGCUGUGUGGCUUCUCUGGACACUGCAGAGAAGAGCACGGGGAGUGGGGGGAAGAAGAGAGGACCUGCUCAAUUGAGGAUAUACAAUCUUGGAAAUACUUCCCCUGUUCCUGUGAGCGAACUGGUUACCAUUUUGGAGAAAUUAUUGAAGGCUAAGGCAAAGAGGAAGGUGAUGCAGUUGCCAAGGAAUGGGGAUGUGCAAUUUACACACGCCAACAUCAGCCUUGCCCAGAAUGAACUAGGAUACCAGCCAGCAACUGACCUGCAGACGGGCUUGAAGAAAUUUGUGAAAUGGUACUUGGACUAUUAUGGAAAUUCUAACAGGAAACGAGGUGGCAGUGAUAGUUUCUAGUUCAGAUCUACAGUUUGAUGUUAGAACUACUCGAAAAUUCAUAAUUUUGAUUGUCUGAUUUUUUCAACUUCAAUUUUUUAUUAACAUCUAUAAAGGAAUGCAAUCCCUAAUGUUCGGGUUUGUUAGUCAUUGUUUGUGGAACAUUCCUUGACAUGUGCCAAAAUGGAAGGCUCCUCCCUAAGCUCGUAGAUUUUCCUCUUUUUGCAAGUUUUAGUCUUUUGUACCUUAUCAUGUUCUAUGAGAUGUAAACCGGCUGCAACA